UGAGAUCCCUUCAACUUUAAUAUGAAACGUGACUUUUUCUCGUGUAUGCAGUCUUAUUACGUGCUGAUAUCCAUCCAAACGGCCCUAAUACCUGCAAACAGAUUCCUACAUAAGGACUGGCAUCAAACGACCCCUAGGGGAAGCAACAAUCCCUUACAAGUUACAAUGCUUUCGCUGAAGAACCCUAAACCCUAGACGGACGAUUUUCCCUUUUCCAAGGGAUUAUGGUAUCAGAUCCGAUGGGAGAACGAGCGGAGAAAGGAGAAGGAGAUGCAUCUUCUUCGAAGCGCAAAUCCAGAGAUAGAAGGCGUUAUUACUGCGAUUUCUGUGGCAUUUGCAGGUCUAAGAGAUCUCUCAUCACGGCCCACAGUCUCUCUCACCACAAGGUUCAGAUAGAAGAUAAAGAAAUCAGCGACGGUGAUGAGCAGACCUCGUCGCAUACAUGUGAUGAGUGUGGUGCGAGUUUUCGGAAACCGGCCUAUCUGAAGCAACAUAUGCAAAGCCAUUCUCUUGAGAGGCCUUUCGCUUGCCCAGUGGAUGAUUGCCAUUCUAGCUAUAGACGGAAAGAUCAUUUGACUCGGCACUUGCUCCAGCACCAAGGGAAACUCUUCACAUGCCCCGUAGAGAACUGCAACCAUAGGUUUGCUUUUCAGGGAAAUAUGACACGGCAUGUGAAGGAACUGCACGAUGAUGAGUCUCCUGCCAGUGAAGGCCAAAAGCAGCACAUUUGCCAGGAGUUUGGAUGUGGAAAGGCAUUUAACUAUGCAUCACAGCUGAGGAAGCAUGAGGAUUCUCAUGUUAAACUGGAUUCUGUUGAAGCUGUCUGCCUUGAGCCAGGCUGCAUGAAAACCUUCUCAAAUGCCAAAUGUCUCAAGGCUCACCUCCUGUCCUGCCACCGUUAUAUUCCUUGUGAAGUCUGCGGGACCCAACAACUGAAGAAAAACAUCAAGCGGCAUCUAUGCAUCCACGAUAAUCAAGGAGUUGCUGAAAGGAUCAAGUGCAGUUAUGAAGGCUGCCUCCACACAUUUUCAACUAGAUCAAAUCUCAAGCAGCAUGUAAAAGCUGUCCACCUUGAGCUCAGACCAUUUAAGUGUCGUGUCUCAGGAUGUGGGGAGUAUUUCUCCUACCGGCGUGUAAGAGAUAAUCAUGAGAAAUCUGGUGCCCAUGUUUAUAUUGAGGGGGACUUUGAAGAAUCUGAUGAGCAAUUUUGCUCAAGACCUAGGGGUGGGCGUGAAAGAAAGUCUGUGACAGUGGAGACUCUGCUGCGAAAGAGGGUUGUUCCUCCAGGUCAGGAUUCCGUAUUGGAUGAUGCAUCAAAAUACCUGAGUUGGUUGCUUUCUGAGAAUCAAGAGCCAGUUGCAGAUGUUUGAACACCCAUUAGAGUUGAGGACAUCUAAUUAUGUAUCAUAUCAACCUCAUCUUGUGCAUCAGAUUAUCUGUAUGUUACACAUCUGGUGUCCAUAUAUAUGCACUACAGAUUUCACAUUCUAUAUAAAGUAGAAAUCCAUUCAUGUCCUGUGAAACUCCCAAAUCUCGUCUUUCUCAUCUGAAGAAUGAUGUUGCCCUCAAGUCUCCUGAUGCAUUGGGUCAUGUAUGGUGUCCUGAUUUGAUCAAGCACAUGCUGUUGAUGUGAUGUACCCAACUGUACAAGGGGGAUAUGCUGUGAAGAUCUGAUUGGAAGAUCCAAACCCUUAUUAGUGGCAUGCAAUUGGAGGUAAAAGAAUGCAGCUAUGGUAGUGAAUGAAGGUUUAAAAAGUGGAUGUUGAGGAUUUAUCUGGUAGUCAAUUUACUAGGACAAGUUUCAAAGCUAACUUGAGCUAAAACUGAAAUGAAAGACAAAAGAAGGGAAUUGAAAUUGAAAAUACAAAGACCAUGUUGAAUUGGAAAAUUGGAUGGCAAGGCUGCUGCGUCACCGACGAUUUCGGGCUGUCCCGUGAAAAUGCUCCAGAACUCUGCAAAUUUUCAUUGAAUUCUAUGGCUGCCUGGUUUUGGGCUGCUGAUGUGGUGACCUAGUCAGAGAUUGUUGUUUCAUGAAAUGGAUGGAAGUCCAAGUGAAUCCUAUCUUUCUUUUUCUUUUUCCUUCUCUGUUCACAGCAUUUUUAAAGAGUGUGAAAUUGUUCCAGUAUUGUACAGGGUUUGGAAAGCUUGGAUAGGUCGGAAUUUGGAUCAUUCAUUAUUUUACUUGAUUAGACGGAUGGUUAGAUUGCUUGA